AUGGAAAAGCGUUGCAUCGCCCGCGAAGGCAGUGCAGCAAAGCAGCAGCGAGAGAAUAGAGCUUUCGUUUGGGACUUGAUCGAACCUGAUCGAGUUUGUCCUAGACACGCCGGAGUGAUGAACAACGGCAACAACCUGCAGCAGGAGGGUCAGGGUCCCCCCCAGCAGCCGUAGCCAGCACAGCCAGCGCAACCUCCACCGCCUCCACCGCCGCCUCCCGGUGGACCACCGCCCACAGCUAACCAAUAACAGAGCAGCGGCGGCGGAGCAGGAGCAGUAGCGGCAGCUCCCCAUGGUGGCGGACAGGCAAUAGCAGCGGGAAACCAGCCAGCAGGGGCGGCGGGAAAUCAACAGGCGGCGGGACACAACAACGCGCCUCCGGCAGCAGGAGGAGGAGACCAGAACGCGGGCGGAGCCGCGCCAGCCGGGCUGAGAGGCCCACGUACCCCCAUCAACCCUGUCCAGCUACUGCUUCAGAUGUCUGUACUGCUACAAGAGCAAAACGACCGACUCGGCAACCUGG